UUAGUAUAAUUUCCCCCCAAAAUCAAGAAUCAAUAGUAGAAGUGCAGAACUCCAAGAGCUCAAAUUCCUGCAACCCAAAUGGAAUAUGAUGACUAUGAAGCUUUCUAUCAACACCCAAAACAAAGCAAACCCAUUAUCCAUUCUCAACUUCCAUCAACUUCAGUGAAAGAUUCAAGCUUUAAAACCCCUAUUCUGCUUGAAGAACUCAUCACUGAAACACUCUUAAGGCUACCAGUGAAACCCCUCUUGAAGUUCAAGUCUGUUUCAAAAUCUUGGCUUUCUUUAAUCUCUAGUCCUGAAUUUAUCAAGAGACAUCUCAGUUUAUCAGCUAAUAACAAGGACUACAACCACCAUAGGGUUAUGUUGAUGGUUGUUCCACCUGAAGGUGAUCUUAAGGACUAUUCUCUUAGGUCUUUGCUUUAUGAUUCUGUUGUUGUAGAGGCAUCUGACAUGAAUUAUCCCGUUGAAAGAUCCAAUGCGUUUUUGUAUAUUGUGGGUUCUAUCAAUAGGUUGAUUUGUUUUGCUGAGUCAACAAAAUUGCUUCUAUGGAAUCCAUCAAUUAGAAAGUUCAAGAAGUUGCCUGAUUUUAGAACUGAAAAAAUGAGGGGUCUUAACAAUGUUAACAGUGUCAUAUAUGGUUUUGGAUACGAUGAGAUCCAUGAUGAUUAUAAGGUAGUGAGUUGUAUGUUUUCUAGUUAUGAUAAGUUUUGUCCUGCUGAGGUCAAAAUCUAUAGUCUAAAGAGUGAUUCUUGGAGAAGCAUCCAUUCUCUUCAGGGUGGGGUAUAUUUCAGGGAGUUGGGUAAGUUUGUGAAUGGGAAGCUUCAUUGGGCUACUAUUGAUGAUCAUCAUUUGGAUAAGGGCUGUAAUAUCAUUUCUAUUGACUUGGCUUGUGAGAAAUUGGGAGCAGUGGAGCUGCCCUGCUAUGGAGAAGGAAAUAGUGCUCUCUCGCUGGGAGUGUUUGAAAGUAAUCUUUCUAUGGUUUGCACUGAUCCGAGAACUCACCUAGAUGUGUGUGUUGUAGAAGUGUGGGUUAUGAAAGAGUAUGAUGUUAAAGAAUCUUGGACAAAGAUGUUUACCAUCAAGUAUCCUCCAGUUCCCGUGGAAGAUAAUUUUGGGCAUUAUCGGUUAUCUCCAUCCUUUUGCUUGUCAAAUACAGGUGAAAUUUGGAUCAACUUUCAUGAUAUACAAUCCAAAGGAUGACUCGACCAGAUAUCCAAAGUAUACGGAGUUUGGUUUUGGUGAAUUUGGUCUUGAGGCAGAAAUUUACUUUGAAAGCCUAGUUUGCCCCCUCUUACAAAACGAACCAAGGACACAACAGGAAUGAAGGAUGCAAAAUCGAUGAUUAGCUUAAUUAGGAAGUGAAAGUUGCUGUUAAGGACAACCAAUCCUUACCCUGCUGUCUGCUUGAAUCAAAAGAGUGAAGCCUAACUUUUUCCUGAUCUCAAUGUUCGUCGAAUGUAUUAUUUUGUUGCAGCUUGAAUGGGUCAUGAGAAAGGUUGAACAAACUGCUCUGUUCAUUGUAUUUCAGUUGAAUGUAGUAUUUUGAGAUUGUCGUGUCAAAAGGUUGAAAAAGCGUCUCACACGCUUGAAUUUCUUUUGUAUGUAGUAUCGUCGGAUUGGUCGGAAUUGAAAGCUUAGUGCCUAGUUAGAGGGUAAUAAUGUUAUUGAUUCUAUGAUCA